CAUACAUAAUGGCCCGAUCACAAGCCCAAGACGUCAUUCGAUGUCAAUACUGCGAGGACGAGCCCGCUGUCUUCCACUGUGUUCCUUGUGGAGAUGAACUUUGUCCUCGAUGUAAAGUCUUCCAUCUUAAAAGCAAAGUUCCCUCCGGACACAACAUCGUCCGUCUGUCCGAGAGACUUCAUCCAACCAAUCAGAUCAAAAUAUGUGAAGACCACUCAUCUAAAGCGUACGAGGCUUGUUGUAAAGAUUGCCAAGUCCCGGUCUGUAUUACGUGCAUUCAAGAAGUACACGGUGAACACGCCAUCGGUAAGAUACAAGAUCUUUACGAGAAACAAAAAGCCGAAACCGAAGACGAAUUGUCUAAAAUGAAGACACAAUAUAAGUCUGAGAUUAUUCAAAGAAUAAAAGAUUUCAAAAAGGGAGAAAAGGAAAUAAAGACGAGCCAUGAGAACGUACGAGAGAAGAUGAAGAAACAAGCUCAGGAAUUCAUAGAUCAUAUUAGCGCCAUUCUGAAAGAAGCCUUGCAGCAGUCUGAGAAAGAUGAGAGCAAAAAUCUGAAGGUAAUAUCUCAACAUAAAGCGGUAGCUGAGACAUUUGAACAAAACUUGGAUCAACUGAUUGAAAUGUUUGAAUCUCUUACAGAGUCAAGUCAUCCUGCCGACCUUAUUUUGUACCGAAAGCAAAAUCCUGACAUAUUCAAGCAAUUAAAACUUCCAGACAAACUUAAUAUUGUUAUGCCUUCGUUUACAGUUGGUCAGAUCAACAAAUCUCAAAAUGAGCAACAGUUUGGCAAGUUUAUGACAGGUAAGGUUAACCUUAUACAAUCAAUCGACGAAAGCUCACAACCUAUACUGCCAACUUCUUCUGCAAGAAGGAAAACAUCCACCAAAAGAGUACUGGAGCGUUCAGUAAAAAUUAGCGAAACGAAAACUGAAAAUAGAAAGUUAUCCCACGUGAGUUGUCGUGAUGACAGAUCGGCGUACAUCAGUGGUGAAGGUCCUGGAAUACUACUAAUGGACAGGUCAUGGAAACAGCUGGAUAACAUCAGUACUGACAGAGAACCAUUUAGUCUGGCUGUGAUGCAGGACGGAAGUCUAAUUUACUCUGAAUACGGCAAAAAAGUUAUCUAUAGAGUGUCACUCAAUAAACAGAAAACAACACUUAUAAAUACUGAUUAUAAUCCUACAGGACUGUGUUGUACCAGGUCAGGUGAUAUCCUGGUCUGUAUGGGUGCUUUUAAUACAGCAAGAGUGGUCAGGUACAGCAGUAGUGGGAGGAAGAUCCAGGAAUUCCAGACAGAUCAGAACGGAGAGAGUCUCUUUAUUGAUCCAUGGUUUAUCUGUGAAAAUGUAAACGAGGAUAUCUGUGUUUCUGAUUGUAGUAUAAACAGUAAAGUGGUCGUGUUGAACAAGUCUGGAAAUCUUCGGUUUACAUAUGACGGGAACGUCCUAGCUAGGACGUUAAAAGACAUAUUUGAUCCUCGUGGUGUGGCUACCAACAGUCUUGGUCACAUCCUUAUAGCAGACAUCUCCAAUAACGCCGUACACCUGAUCAGCCAGGACGGGGACUUCAUCUUUUAUAUCCUGACAGAGUAUGAUCGGAUAUCACUACCAAGGUGUAUCUCUGUGGACACUUCUGACAAUCUGUGGCUGGUAGAAUCCGGCAAAGCCUGUGUCAAAGUGUAUCAGUAUCUGUCAUAACGUUGGGCCUUUGUUUGUAAUAUUCUUAAGUUGU